GAUGACCAUGGCCAUGAUCAACAAUGAAGUUAGGGUUUAUUCCAAAUGGAACCUUUAUUCGCUCAUUUCCUCCCACCAUUUCAUCAGUUAUUCCCCACUUCACUCCACUUCUUACUCCUUCAGUCUCCAAGAAUCCCACUGCCUCAGGAAGAAAGAAUUUAGUGCUACGUGCGCUGAAUUUUGGAUACAAGGGUGAGAAACAGCUAAUAGGCUUGAUGGAGUCUGAAAAGGAAGAUGUGGGAUUAAACAGGAAUCUCUAUCCAAAUAUUGAACCCUAUAGUACUGGUUUUUUGAAGGUUUCUGACAUUCACACAAUCUACUGGGAGCAGUCGGGAAACCCCAAAGGGCAUCCAGUUGUGUUUCUUCAUGGGGGUCCAGGAGGAGGAACCACACCGAGCAAUCGAAGAUUCUUUGAUCCUGAUUUUUACCGCAUUAUUCUAUUUGAUCAGCGAGGUGCAGGAAAAAGUACACCCCAUGCUUGUUUGGUAGAAAACACGACAUGGGACCUCAUUGAUGAUAUUGAAAAGUUAAGAGAACACUUGGAAAUUCCAGAAUGGCAGGUGUUUGGGGGGUCAUGGGGAAGUACACUUGCUCUUGCGUACAGCCAAUCACACCCUGAGAAGGUAACUGGCAUGGUCCUUAGAGGAAUCUUUCUUUUGCGAAGGAAAGAAAUUGAUUGGUUUUAUGAGGGUGGUGCUGCUACCAUAUACCCUGAUGCUUGGGAGCCCUUUAGAGAUCUCAUUCCAGAAAAUGAGAGGGGAAGCUUCGUUGAUGCCUACAAGAAGAGAUUAAACUCUGAUGAUAUGGAAACACAAUAUGCAGCUGCGAGAGCUUGGACCAAAUGGGAAAUGGAGACGGCUCAUCUUCUCCCAAAUGAAGAGAACAUCAAGAAAGGCGAUGAUGAUGUUUUCUCGUUGGCAUUCGCAAGAAUUGAAAAUCAUUACUUUGUGAACCAGGGAUUCUUUCCUACAGAUUCUUUCCUUUUGGAUAAUGUUGACAAGAUAAGGCAUAUUAGCACUACUAUUGUACAGGGAAGAUAUGAUAUGUGCUGUCCUAUGAUGUCAGCAUGGGAUCUUCAUAAAGCAUGGCCAGAGGCAGAUUUUAAGGUUGUUCCAGAUGCUGGACAUUCUGCUAACGAACCUGGAAUAGCUGCAGAACUUGUGGCUGCAAACGAGAAGCUGAAAAACAUCAUCAAAAAGUAUGUGGACUAAGCCCUGCACACAAGAUGAGAAGAUGAGAAACGAGCUUCCUGUUGAGCAGGCCAUUGUCACUUUGGCUAAUAAUUAAUGUAUGUUGAGUUUAUUGUGUCUUGAUCAAGACAGUUUAUUGCUCUGCAUUGGCACUGCCCAAUCUUUCACUGGGAACAAGACAUUGCUUGUCAACAUAAUAUUAAUGGGAGGCAUGGUUUAUGAACAUGUCACCUUUUGUAUUA